AUGCAGUGUGUGUGGCUGCUGCUCCUGCUCUCCUCUCCUCUCUGCGUCUCCUCCUCUGCUCCUCCCUCCCUCCUGCACCUCCUGGGCCUUGCAGACAGAGCACAGCACCUCCUGGGGGGCCAGCCGGAGCCCAGUGAGCAGGAGGAGGUCCUGGAAGUGCAGCGGCAGAGCAGAGAGCAGUCUCCCAUCUCCAUAGACCUGACCUUCCACCUCCUCCGGAACAUGAUCCACAUGGCCAAAGUGGAGAGCCAGAGGGAGCAGGCGCUGGUCAACAGGAGGGUGCUGGACGAGGCGGGGAAGUGA